GGUUCUCCUUGCUGCUCCGUGCGGCGGCGCUCUCUCACUGACUCAACACCGUCUGACUCAACGCUGCACAACACACACAUUCAGCACAGAUUUUUUUUUUUUUUUUUUUGCACAAACCAGCAUCUCCAUGCCUGCCUCCCUCAUACCCAGAAUGCACAGGCCGGUAGCAGAGUGAGGGACACAGGUUGACAAGACAAGGGGCCGGCGCUGGAGCGGCGGAGACGCAGCGCUUCAGAAUGGCAGCAUCCGAGCUCUUCACCAAGUUUGCCAGGGUAUGGAUCCCCGAUACAGUGGACGUCUGGCAGUCUGCGGAGCUGCUCAAAGACUACAAGUCGGGAGACACAGUGCUUCAUCUGAAAACCGAGGAUGACAAGGAAACUCAGUACAGGAUCGAUCCGAAGACUAAGGAGCUCCCUCCUCUGCGGAACCCCGACAUCCUGGUGGGUGAGAAUGACCUCACGGCACUCAGUUACCUCCACGAGCCCGCCAUUCUACACAACCUCAAGGUCCGCUUCAUGGAUUCCAAACUCAUCUACACUUACUGUGGUAUUGUCUUGGUGGCCAUCAAUCCGUAUGAGCAGCUGCCUAUCUAUGGGGAGGAUAUCAUCAACGCCUACAGUGGCCAGAACAUGGGGGACAUGGACCCUCACAUCUUUGCUGUGGCUGAGGAGGCUUACAAGCAAAUGGCCAGGGAUGAACGGAACCAGUCGAUCAUCGUGAGCGGGGAGUCCGGGGCUGGGAAGACCGUUUCGGCUAAGUACGCCAUGCGCUAUUUUGCCACAGUCAGUGGUUCCGCCAGUGAAACCAACGUGGAGGAGAAAGUCCUCGCUUCCAACCCCAUCAUGGAGUCGAUUGGAAAUGCAAAGACGACCAGAAAUGAUAACAGCAGUCGAUUCGGGAAAUACAUCGAAAUCGGGUUUGACAAGAAGUAUCGCAUCACAGGUGCCAACAUGAGGACCUACCUGUUGGAGAAAUCCAGAGUCGUUUUCCAGGCAGAGGAUGAACGGAAUUACCAUAUUCUCUACCAGCUGUGCGCUUCUAAGCAUCUGCCUGAGUUCAAGGACCUCAGACUGGGUCACGCCCAGAACUUCAACUACACAAACUUUGGAGGAAGUCCAGUCAUCGAGGGAAUAGACGAUGCAAAGGAAAUGAUGAACACAAGGCACGCGUGCACCUUAUUGGGCAUCAAUGAAUCCCAUCAGAUGGGAAUCUUCCGUGUUGUUGCUGCCGUUCUCCACUUGGGGAAUGUGACAAUCAAGGCCAAUGAUCGGGACGCAGAAAACUGCUUCAUCCCGCCCAAGACGGAACAUCUGAUCAUCUUCUGCGAACUGCUGGGCGUGGACUAUGAGCAGAUGGCUCACUGGCUGUGCCACCGGAAGAUCAUCACGGGCUCGGAGACGUACAUCAAGCCCAUGCCCAAGGUUCAGGCGAUCAACGCUCGUGAUGCCCUGGCAAAACACAUCUACGCCAGUGUCUUCAACUGGAUUGUCCACCAUGUCAACAGGGCUCUCCGUGCCUCUGUGAAGCAGCACUCGUUCAUUGGGGUGCUGGAUAUCUACGGGUUUGAGACUUUUGAAAUAAACAGCUUUGAACAGUUUUGCAUCAAUUAUGCAAAUGAGAAGUUGCAGCAACAGUUUAAUAUGCACGUGUUCAAGCUGGAGCAGGAAGAGUACAUGAAGGAGGAGAUUCCAUGGACGCUAAUAGAUUUCUAUGACAAUCAGCCUUGCAUUAACCUCAUUGAAGCUAAACUUGGCAUUCUGGAUUUAUUGGAUGAAGAGUGCAAGAUGCCCAAGGGGUCUGAUGACACGUGGGCUCAGAAGCUGUACAACACUCACCUGAACAAGUGUGCACUCUUCCAAAAGCCCCGCAUGUCCAACCGGGCCUUCAUCAUCAAGCACUUUGCUGACCAGGUGGAGUAUCAGUGUGAGGGCUUCUUGGAAAAGAACAAGGACACUGUGUAUGAGGAGCAGAUCACGGUGCUGAAGGCCAGUAAGAAGCUGACGCUGCUGGCUGAGCUGUUCCAGGAUGAGAAGCAGGUGAGCAGCCCCACCGAUGGCCGCCCACCCUUUGCCAGGGCGACGGUGAAGUCGGCCAAGCCCAGGGCCCUGCAGCCGAACAAGGAGCACAAGAAAUCAGUGGGGCAUCAGUUCCGCAACUCCCUCCACCUCCUGAUGGAGACCCUCAACGCCACGACCCCUCACUACGUGCGCUGCAUCAAGCCCAACGAUGACAAGCUUGCCUUCACGUUUGACCCUAAGCGCGCAGUGCAACAGCUUCGAGCCUGUGGAGUGUUGGAGACCAUCAGAAUCAGUGCUGCCGGCUUCCCGUCCAGAUGGACCUACCAAGAAUUCUUCAACCGAUAUCGGGUGCUGAUGAAGCAAAAAGAUGUUCUCAGUGACAAAAAGCUGACCUGCAAAAAUGUCCUGGAGAAAUUAAUCAAGGACCAGGACAAGUAUCAGUUUGGUAAAACGAAGAUCUUUUUCCGGGCUGGGCAAGUGGCCUACCUGGAGAAACUGCGUGCCGACAAGCUCCGCGUGGCCUGCAUCAGGAUCCAGAAGACCAUCCGGAGCUGGCUGCAGCGGAAGAAGUACCUGCGUAUGCGGUCUGCAGCGAUCACUAUCCAGCGAUACGUACGCGGCUACCAGGCCAGAUGCUACGCCCAGUUCCUCCGCAGGACCCGCGCAGCCACCCUCAUCCAGAAGUACCAGCGCAUGUACGCAGCCCGGCAGAAGUUUCUGCGCUUCCGUUCAGCGACUAUUGUCAUCCAGUCUUUUAUACGAGGCUUCCGGGGAAGGAGGCAAUACAAAGCUAUCCUCCGGGAACAGAAAGCCACCAUUCUUCAGAAGCACAUGCGGGGCUGGAUGGCCAAGCGCAAGUACCGCAGGACGCACCACGCCAUCGUCUACCUGCAGUGCUGCUACCGGCGCAUGAUGGCCAAGCGAGAGCUGAAGAAGCUGAAGAUCGAAGCCCGCUCGGUGGAACACUACAAGACUCUCAACAUUGGCAUGGAGAACAAGAUCGUGCAGCUGCAGUGUAAAGUCAAUAACCAGACCAAGGAGAUGAAAUCUCUGCUGGAGAAGUUGGUGAGCUUGGAGUCCACGUACACCCACGAGACGGACAAGUUGCGGACGGAGGUCGACAAGCUGCGGGUAAACGAGGGCAGCGCCAAAGUGUCCUCCAACAAGAUCACGUGCCUGAUGGAGGAGAUUGCCAUACUGCGCAAGGAGCUCACGGAAACUCAGGCUCAGAAGAAGCGUCUUGAAGAGAGCGGGAAUAAAUACAAAGCGGAGACAGAUGUGGUGUUGUCCCAGCUGACAGAGCAGAAUGCAUUGCUGAAGAGCGAGAAAGAUGAUCUGAAUUGUCGAAUCCAGGUGCAGGCCAAGGAGAUAACAGAAACAAUGGAAAGACAGAAUGAAGAAGAAACCAAACAGCUUCAGGUUGACCUUAAUGAUGAAAGGUCCAGGUAUCAGUCUCUGCUCAACGAGUUCUGCAAACUGGAGGAACGCUAUGACAACCUGAAAGAAGAAAUGUCUUUGGUUAGCAUUACCAAGCCUGGCCACAGAAGGACGGACUCCACCCACAGCAGCAACGAGUCGGAAUACACCUACAACUCCCUCUUGUCCUCAGAGCCUGGAGAAUCGGAGGACGUGACGAGAAGAACGGAGGAGUAUCCGGAGAUGAAGGGAGCUUUGGACAUGUCCCUGUUCCUGAAGCUGCAGAAACGGGUAACUGAGCUGGAACAGGAGAAACAAGCCUUGCAGGAGGAGCUGGACGCCAAGGAGGAGCAGGCACUGAGAAGCAAAAAGGAGGCAGAAGAUCAGCAGCUUAUGGCCAGGAGCACGGAACUGGAAUACGAAUCCCUCAAGAGGCAAGAACUCGAGUCGGAGAACAAGAAGCUGAAGAAUGAGCUGAACGAGCUGCACCGAGCCCUGACGGACAAGUCGGCCCCACAGGCCACGGCCCCUGGUGCGCCUGCGUACAAGGUUCUGCUCGACCACCUGAAUGCAGCCACUGAAGAACUGGAGGUCCGUAAGGAGGAGGUUCUCAUCCUGCGGUCCCAGCUGGUCAGCCAGAAGGAAGCGGUGGCGUGCAAGGAGAACAAGGAGACGAUGACGGAGCCAAUACUUUUUCUGGAGGAUGUGCGGAAAAUGAAGAAUCAGGGAGAAAUCACUCAAGCGUUUGUUGGGCUCAAGGAAACCAACAGACCAUCACAGGACUGCCGGUUACUGAAUGAGGAUGGAGAGCUUUGGAUUGUUUAUGAAGGGUUAAAGCAAGCCAACAGGUUGCUGGAGUCUCAGCUCCAAGGCCAGAAGAAGGUUUACGAGAACGAGCUGGAGAUUCUGCGCGGGGAGGUGCAGAACUUGAAGGAGGAGAUAAAUCGGCAGCAGCAGCUGUUGGCUCAGAACCUGCAGCUUCCGCCCGAGGCUCGCAUCGAGGCGAGCCUGCAGCAUGAAAUCACCAGACUCACCAACGAGAACCUGUAUUAUGAGGAGUUAUAUGCAGACGACCCCAUGAAGUAUCAGUUCUACAGGAUAUCGCUGUACAAACGAAUCAUUGAUCUCAUGGAACAGCUGGAAAAGCAGGAUAAGACUGUCCGGAAGCUGAAAAAGCAGCUUAAAGUAUUCGCAAAGAAAAUCGGUGAACUGGAAGUGGGCCAGACCGAGAACGUCUCUCCUGCCCAGCUCGCCGAUGAACCCAUCCGUCCGGUGAAUAUCCCACGGAAAGAAAAAGAUUUCCAGGGAAUGUUGGAGUACAAGAAGGAUGAUGAGCUGAAGCUGAUUAAGAACCUCAUCCUCGAACUGAAGCCUCGUGGCGUAGCUGUCAACUUGAUCCCUGGACUGCCGGCUUACAUCUUGUUUAUGUGCGUACGCCACGCUGACUACAUCAACGACGACCAAAGAGUGCGGUCUUUGCUGACGUCAACCAUCAAUGGCAUCAAGAAGAUCCUCAAGAAACGAAGUGAUGAUUUUGAAAUUGUGUCGUUCUGGUUGUCCAACACGUCACGGUUCUUGCACUGUCUGAAGCAAUAUAGUGGUGAAGAGGCCUUCAUGAAACACAAUACUCCACGACAGAAUGACCAUUGCUUGAGGAAUUUUGACCUUGCUGAAUACCGGCAGGUCAUAAGUGAUCUCGCAAUUCAGAUCUACCAGCAGCUUACCAAGGUGUUGGAGAAUGCUCUACAGCCAAUGAUUGUUUCAGGUAUGUUGGAACACGAGACUAUCCAGGGAGUGUCGGGACAGAAACCCACGGGUCUGCGAAAGAGGACCUCCAGUGUUGCAGAUGAAGGGACGUACACUCUGGACUCCAUCGUUCGUCAGCUCAAUAACUUCCAUUCAAUCAUGUGCCAGCAUGGCAUGGACCCUGAACUCAUCAAGCAAAUCGUCAAGCAGAUAUUCUACAUCAUUGGCGCGGUCACCCUGAAUAACCUGCUGCUCCGCAAGGAUAUGUGUUCCUGGAGCAAAGGAAUGCAAAUCAGAUACAACGUGAGCCAACUGGAGGAGUGGCUGAGGGACAAGAACCUGCAGACCAGUGGUGCCAAGGAAACACUGGAGCCUUUAAUCCAGGCCGCCCAGCUGCUGCAGGUGAAGAAGAAGAUGGAUGAAGAUGCAGAAGCUAUCUGUUCAAUGUGCAACGCUAUCACUACUGCCCAGAUUGUUAAAGUCUUAAAUUUAUACACCCCCGUUAAUGAAUUUGAAGAACGUGUAACUGCCUCAUUCAUACGCACUAUUCAGGUGCGCUUACAAAAUCGAAAAGACUCUCCGCAGUUGCUAAUGGAUGCAAAACACAUAUUCCCCGUCACGUUCCCGUUCAAUCCAUCUUCUUUAGCGCUUGAAAGCAUUCAGAUUCCAGGCAGCAUGAACCUUGGUUUCCUGUUACGUGUCUGAGGAGAGGUUCUGCAAACUAGCGAUCACAUCCAUCCGUUACACACACAGCUAGAGCAAUGUUAACAAGGAAUGUACAUUGUAAAUAAAUGCCCAACACAUUCAUGCAACUGCAGUAAAUAUCCAGUGAUGACUGCUCUUGUGCAGUUUCAGUGAAUAUACUUCAAAGUCAGCAACUGUAAAUUAGGGUUUGUCAUAUCGUACCUGUUAGAUAUCUAACUAAGGGGAAUACAACUGCCUGAUAUAGCAUCAUUUUGUCGAAUAACUCUUAUGUAAGGUCUAUAUACAAAUGAUGUAGAAUACAAAGCUCUGUUAGAAUAUAAUCUAGAGAUUACAUUGUUGGUGUUUACAUAGCCAAUUAUGUGUCCCUUUAAUAGGUUGAGCUGCACUCAUCUGACAGUGUAACGUCAAUAUGUCACUAAAAAUAUAUCACGUCUCCAUUAUGCCUUUAUCAAGCCCGUUUUAAACUGAUUCAUGCAGGUAUGUGUAGUUAACAUUUUAAGGUCCAAUUCUGACAAAGCACAAAAGCGCUCAAAAGUAAUCAAAUUCUCAGAUGGAUAUUUGGCAACAGACUAAAAUAUAAAAAUAUUGAAAAGACUAGGCUUGUAUUCACUGGAGUUUAGAAGGAUGAGGGGGUGAUCUUAUAGAAACAUAUAAAAUUAUAAAAGGACUGGACAAGCUAGAUGCA